CAGAGCUCAUGUUAGAAAGAGAGCACUGGUAAUGACUGCGUGCUAUAACUUGGUUUCUUCGAUCCAUUUGUUCUUACCUUGCAACCCAAUGUUCAUCCGGAAAAACAUAUGUCAGCCCUCAUUCGGGAACAAACGUAGUGAGUGUAUGAUAAUUCGAUAGUGAGUGAGUGCUAGCAGUCUCGUGGGUGUUAGCAAUCUCGCAGGUGCUAGAAAUUCACGGCAAAUCUUAUCCAUGGUCGUUGAUCUGGUCUAACUACUGAAUCCUGCGCGUUCCUGGGUCUCGGAGUAGCACCCUCGGGCCAAGAGUGUGUGACUUUGCUCUGAAUACGAGGUUUACAAUUGCAAUCCCCUCGGCGAAUGCAAUUGGAAGGGCAAGAAUGAUGCUUUCUGACGGUCAUUCUGCUGCAGCCAUGGCUUCCCAGGGAUCUCGUCUGCGCUCAGUCGUGGGCAUCAUCAUUAGUUGCAUCCUCGUCUGGUUACCCACGACGUUUGCCGGUGGAUUCGCGAGCGCUGGGGUAGGCGGGCGACGGCCGUUCGAGUACUUCGUCUUUCAGGACUGGGAGAGUCUGCAGCGUCAGGAAGGAUGCUCACCGAUGGGCGUCUCCCAGAUCGUCAAUUCUCCAAACGAGAAGUACGGCCUCGCACAAGCUAUGUUGUGCCCGGAUCGAGAAUUAUCUCCGUGGAACAUCAGCUUCGUGUUCGGAGUGUCGAUCAAUCCAUUGUCGCUAGACAAUGGAUUGUGGACGUGGACAGUUCCCGUCGAUUUCAACCAACCCACCAACAGCUGCUCUCUUCGAUUCACGGAAGAUGGGGACUUGCAAUUUACCGUCCCGAUCAAUCCCACGGACUAUGGAAGUCCCGGCCCAUGGACUCAGAGCCGUGUUCUGUGGAGCUCCAACACCAGUGGCCUGGGAGCCGUGGAGGUACAGGUCCAAGACUCUGGGAAUCUCGUCCUCGUCCACGAAGAUGGCAAGUCUGUCGUCUGGAAGGCUCUGGACAUUCCCGUGCUGCCUCUGCUGCCGCUCAGUGAAGCUGCAACUUCGACAACCGGAUAUCUGAGGAUUGCAAUGUCGGCCGUUCUAGUGGCUCACGUGCUUCCGUUCCUCAUCAGCUGUUUAUGAUCCUGACAUACUUUUCCAGAGUUUGGACAUUCCAGGUUUCUGAAAGGAGGUGCAGGUUGUUAACGGAAAUCACAGAACCUCUGAGUAGAUUCGUCUAAGUCACUCACUGAGCUUGACUGAUACUGCAAUUCUGAGAUUGCAUUUGUAAUGUAAGCGGAAUCUGUUGCGCUAGAUCUAGAAGGCCAAUUUGUACGGGGAGGAGGUUUGAUUUUGCUUACCUCCCAAAAGUGAUCAAUGAAAUUUAGACUUCAUCCGAAUGCUGUGAGCUAUUGGAAUCAUAUUUUUGAGCUCAACGAAUUGGCAUGCUUCUGCUUCUGCAUUAGUGAUACAAGGA